AUACCAGGCAUUUUCAACCGAUAAAGACAUUCCCACGCGGAGAAAAAGCUUCACUCUCUCAAAAGCUGUUUUCUUCACUUUUUUUCACUUUCAUUUUUGGAUCUUGCCAAGGACGACUCCGGAGGAUCGUCUCGAGAUGGAUCCGACGGAGCUCUUCACGGAGGUGCUCACACUCAAGGACUGGGCUGAGUUGGUGUUGAGUUGGUUCGUCCCCCCUCACUUCCUACUGGGGUCCGACGCCGAGAUCACGGAGGAGGAGGAGGAGGAGGAGAAUGAGAAAAGGAAAGAAUGAGAAGGAAAAAGUGAAGAAUGAGAAGAAGGAACAGGAGAAGAAUGAGAAGAAGGAACAGGAGAAGAAGGAGAAAAAGGAGACACCGAAAUCCACCAGGGAAUUGCGUCCCAAGCGCAAUGUCGCCCAAUAUUCCCCUGGCGUGUGUGCGGAGGUCGCCGCCAUCCUCGACUCGACCUCUCUCAGGAAGCUGAUCCCGAAGGAGCGCGCUGUCCUGGCCCGCUUCUGCGCCGCCCACCAGAUCCCCGUCCUCUCUCGCGACGAAGUCAGCUGCUACAUGGGCGACGCGCCCCAGAAGGUCAUGGAAACCGACGUCAAGAACAGGUUCGUGAGCGAGCAACACGAGCUCUCGUACCCCAGGACCCUGAAGGCCUUCCACGGCUUGCUGCUGGAGGCCAAGGAGCUGCAAGAGCUCGCCGAGGCACAGGGCGCCCGGCGUCUCGUGGGCGUCUGCCUUCUGAUGCCCUGCCUCGUGACCAACGUCGCCACUCGGGAGGCCAGCGAGGGCCCCCUCCAAGACGAGGACGCGGGGCAGGACGCGGAACAGUACGCGGAGCAGGACGUGGAGCACGACGCGGAGCAGGACGUGGAGCACGACGCGGAGCACUACUUGGUUCGGUACGCGGGGCACGACGCGGAGCAGUACGACGCGGAGCAGUACGACGCGGAGCAGUACGACGCGGAGCAGUACGACUCGGAGCAGUACGACUACGAAGCAGUACGAGCAGUACGACGCGGAGCAGUACGUGGUUCACUACGCGGGACACGACGUGGAGCAGUACGACGCGGAGCAGUACGCGGAGCAGUACUUGGUUCAGGACGCGGAGCAGGACGAGGUCAGGAGCGGAGCAGUACUUGGUUCAGGACGCGGAGCAGUACUUGGUUCAGGACGCGGAGCAGUACUUGGUUCAGGACGCGGAGCAGUACUUGGUUCAGGACGCGGAGCAGUAGGACUACUUGGUUCAGACGCGGAGCAGUACUUGAGUUCAUGCAGGACGCCCAGGCACCUGCAGGCAAACGCAAGCCUUAG